CGGGCCGCGCCCCGCCACUGCCCGCACCGCCACCGGCACUGCCCGCACCGACACCGGCACCGACACCACCGGCACCGCCACCGGCACCACCGGCACUGCCAGCACCGACACCGGCACCGGCACCCGCACGGAAUUUGGGCACUGCAGGACCCAGGAUGCCGUCGCAGCUGGAGCACGCCAUGGAGACGCUGAUGUUCACCUUCCACAAGUACGCGGGGGACAAGGAGCACCUGGCCAAGGAGGACCUGCGGGCGCUCAUGGACAAGGAAUUCCCGGGAUUCCUCGAGAACCAGCGGGACCCGCAGGCUCUGGAGCGGAUCCUGCGGGAUGUGGAGCAGAGCCGCGAUGGCCGCGUCGGCUUCCAGGGCUUCUUCUCGCUGGUGGCCGGGCUGACCAUCGCCUGCAACGACUACUUCGUGCUGCACAUGAAACAGCGCGGCCGCCGCUGAGGGGAGCCCCCCGGGGAGCCCCCCACCCACC